AUGGCUUCUGCCCUAGAACUGCAUGGACACCAGCAAAGCACCAAGAGAAAGUUGUGCUGCUUGCAGUACCACAUCUUGUCCCCUUCCAUAAGCUUCAGGACUCUGUGGAUUUUGAUUCUCAUUGGAAUGAGCUGGACAGAAGAAAGUGUGAGCUGCCCAAAGGGAUGCAGUUGCCAGUACUUGGCUGUGAACUGCACAGGAAAGCAUCUGGAAGAGUUCCCUGCCACCAUCCCACUGGAUACUAGGCAGCUGAUUCUGGCUCAAAACAAACUUAGCUAUUUGCCUUCAAUGGAACUAAACUUUCUUAGUGACUUGAUCUACUUAGAUUGCAGCAGCAACAUCUUAGGGGAGGAUCUGGAUUUCAUGUUUGUCAGCAUUAUUAAGUUGGUCUACCUGGACCUUAGCUUCAACAACCUUACCCAGAUAACGUUUGGUACCUUUUCACAGCUCACUAGCCUGGUUAUCUUAAAACUUUCAGACAAUCCUAGCCUGGUUGAGAUUGAAAAGGACUCUUUUGCCAAUAAUACCUGGCUCAGGCACCUUGAUGUGAGCCGCUGCAGCUUGGCGUUCAUUGAUACCAGUACGGUCAAGGACCUAUCCAACUUAAGAAGUUUGGGUUUGAGUGGGAAUCCCUGGUUCUGUAACUGCUCCUUCAUGGAACUGUGCAGCUGGAUGAAAGAGAGUGGGAUCACUAUCCCAGACUCUGACAAUGUCACCUGCUACAGCCCAGCUUUUGUGCAUGGCUUGAGGAUGCUGGAAGAAGCACAAAAAGAGCUCCAUUACAAGUGCUACAUCCAUUUUGAUGACCAAGACUAUCUGUUCUUGGGGCUGGUUGGCUUCUGUAUUUUCUCUGCUGGAACUGUGCUGGCCUGGCUCUUAGGAGUGUGCGCAGUGGUCUAUGAAUUCUUAACUGCCAGAGGGGAGGAGGAUGAAGAUGAGGAUGAAGAAUAA